AGACGCUGCGCGCGCCUCUUCUCUUCCGUCCUCGUUCUCUUUUCGGUUGUCCCGGAUCAGUUAGUCUUCUUUCAACCGGGGUUCAUAUAUCCACAGACCUCCCCACCUUUGUUCGUUGGCAAAAAAUGCAUAGCAGCAUGAGAUUCUCAGCAGAUGGAGAAAGUGCCGUGACUUCUCGACUUGGCCUUCUGUACAAUCACCCGAGCGACGUUUAGUUUCUCUUCGACCCUCGUUCUUUGAACACUCAGUACGUGAUCGACGCAUAGAUAAAAGUAAAUAGGACAUACGGGAAGAAACGCAGUAGCAGAGCAUUCCUAUAAAUAAAGGAUAAUUAUAGGAAUACAAAGUAACGAGACAAAAUGCUACUCUCAAUAGCAUUUUGGUUAUUAGUUAGUUUAAUUGGUUUUUGGAUUCUACUUGGACCAACUACGAAAGUUUUGCGUGCUCUAUGGGAAAUUAUUAUACAGAUAUACGAUAGAAAAACAAUCGAUUUACGAACAAAAUUUGGCGAAUGGGCUGUUGUCACUGGCUCAACUGAUGGUAUUGGCAAAGCUUAUGCUAAAGAGUUAGCAAUAAGAAACAUGAAUUUGAUUCUAAUUAGCAGGAAUUUAGAAAAACUAGAAUCAACGAAACAAGAAAUACUAUUAAUAAAUCCAAAAAUCGAAAUUAAAAUUAUAACAGCGGACUUCACUGAAGGAGAAAAUGCUUUUAUCAAGAUUCGUUCUCAUUUGCAAGACAUAUCUGUUGGUAUACUAGUUAAUAAUGUGGGUAAGCAAUAUGAAUACCCCAUGUACGUUGGAGAGGUGCCUGAAACGGAACUGUGGGAUAUUAUCAAUGUGAACGUGGGUGCGACUACGUUAAUGACACGACUGGUUAUCGGAGACAUGCAGAAACAUAGACGAGGAGCGAUUGUUAAUGUCUCUUCCGGAUCAGAAUUUCAACCGUUGCCGUUAAUGACGGUAUACGCAGCCACAAAAGCAUACGUAAAGAGCUUUUCUGAGGCACUUAGAGCGGAAUACUCUAGAUACGGCAUAACCGUUCAGCAUCUGUCUCCUCUUUACGUCAAUACUAAAAUGAACGCAUUUAGUCAUAGGCUUCAGGUUUCAAGUAUAUUUGUGCCUGAUGCCGCAACUUAUUCAAGAAAUGCCAUUGCCAUUCUUGGUAAAAUGGAUAAUAGUACAGGAUACUGGGCACAUAGCAUUCAGAAAUUACUCGCUUUAACAUCGCCUGUAUGGUUCAGGACAAAAAUUGGACAAAUGAUCAAUGAGAAUUUAAGACAAGACUAUUUCCAACAAAAAGGACAAGGAAAAAAAUUGCAAUAAUAUUAUUACAUGUUAA